AGAGUAGAAAUGUGUGCUUGUUCAGUGAUUAGGUAAAGAAAGGCUCAUCAAAUUGUUAAUUGAAAAAAGUUUUUAAUCCCUGACUCAGAUGUAGCUUGCAUAUGUAGUUGCAUUAUUGUGUGACAGUUUUCAGUUCAAUGUGGGAGGUGGUCCAUGGAAGAAUACUCUGUUUUUGGGGAUAGUUUUGGCUUGCUUACUCCAUGUCUGGGGGACAGCCAGGUACACAGCUUUGUUUGCAUGCCAGUCCUGUAGACUUCCAAAACUGAGUUAACCUGGAGUCAUUUAAAGCAGGUGGUGAAUUGGUGGAUUUACAGGAUUCUUGCUUUAAAUUGAAAAAAAAAUACUGCAUGAGGAUUGACAGGUCAAAAAAAUAUUCAUGCUUGGGUUCAGUUUUUAUGUUGAACGUGGCCCCAGUGAGUGGGAGCUUGUUCAGUUGGUGCGCUUUGGUUACUGAUUGUGACACUUGGGGUCUACUAAAGAAAGAGAAUGCAACUUGUUUGUGGAAUACAUGCCUUGAUUGUUGAAUCUCUCCCUGUCUCCCAGUCCUGGGAGUUGUUCUAUCUCUUGGCUGCCUUUCUUGUGAGGCCUGAAGCUGGUGUGGGAGGGGGGAAGUUGGAUACAGCACUGUGGCUCACACAGGGGCAGCAGAAGGUGAAGUUCUCUUGAUUGGUGACAGUCACAAGAAGCAGGACUGAGUGUAUGUCCAUCUUUUCCUAGUAAAAGUAUUUCUGUCUUACAAUUUUAAGCUAAAGUGGUUUGAGUUUGGAUUUUUGUGCGUGGUUAUGAUUUGAUUGAUAGAAAGGCCAAACCAUGAGAUAGUCCUAAGUGUCAAUCCUGUAAAAUGGGGAAUUUUGAAGAUUGGUGUCCUAUUUUGUUGCACCUGUACAAUUGGGCAGGUAUACUGAUAUAUGUAGCACCUAAGUAUGUGUAUACAUUGCAUUAUAGAUUCUGUACUGUUUCUCUUUUUAAGAAAAACUUGUGUUGAUGCUGUUGGCUCACUCAAAUCUUCUUAUAUAUAUUCACCUUUUAUAUGGUGUUACUCAACACUAAAAGAAUUUCCCAAAAUUACAGGUAUAGUGAUUAAAUUUAAAGGCAUUAAGCUGGCUAAUAAUGUGUCCUCACCUGUAGUGGAGAGAAAUCCAUUACAAAUUUCUAAAUAAAUGCUGUUUUUCUGUGUUUAAAAUGAAGCUAUGGAAAUGAGUUUGCUUCUGCCUUGACGGUGAAUAUUUACCUAAAUUCUAGCCAAUUGUUCUAUUUAGAUAUUAGAAUACAAAAUACCAAUAAAUUAAAAUUCUGCUUUGUAUUUUCAUUACUAUACUGUAGUAGUCUGCAGCAGAAGGCAAGCAGGAAGUGAACAAGCCACAUUUCCUGAUUACUUUUUCAGGUAAUCUGGAUGUGUUCGAUAGCAGUUUCAAAAUUUCUAGCCCUUGAUGCCAAGUUUUGUUGCCAUCAUAGCUGUGGUGUGGGUGGAAAAGCCCAACCAGAAAUGAGCAGAUCUAACUGUAAGCUACUUUGCAUGUUGUCAAUUGACUAUAAAUUGCAGCAGUCAUUGACUCAGUGGAACAAGCUACAUAAUUCAGGUAAGAGACUUGCAUGUUGCUGUAUCUAGCCACAGAUUUUCACUGAAUAUCAAUGUUCCAUUUGCUAACAGUUUUUUCAUAGCUUUUUAAUGAAUCCUGUUUAAUGUGAUCUCUUAUUUAAUAAGGUGUAAGAAAAAAUGGAGCUUUAACAUCUUUUUUUUUUCUUAAUAUCGUUCAGAUAUUUUCAGGUAUUCAUCACUCUUUAAACAGCACAUCUUGUUUCCCUGGAUUUUACUUUCACCUGAAGAUUGGCUAAAUGCAGAACCUGAUGGAUGGCAAAAGCUACUGUAACCUCAUCUGUGCUGAGGCACAGCACAUCCAGCUGGCAAGGCCUUUCUGUGCAGACCCACUGGUCACGUUUCACGUGUACCCAGAAGCACCAAGCCAGGUCCCUUUGGCUGAAGAUUUGGCAUUCCUGCCUUUCAUGUCAGAGCAUCUCAUCACAGACACCUUCUACAGCGAGCCCUGCCCCUUUCCCUACCAAGUGCCCCACUCCAGUCUGCACAAAAGUGAGUACUCCUACGGCUCAGCUUUCAUCAGGAAGAGGAAUGAGAGGGAAAGGCAGCGUGUUAAGUGUGUCAAUGAAGGCUAUGCCAAGCUGAGGCACCACCUGCCCAAGGAGUACUUGGAGAAACGGCUCAGCAAAGUGGAGACCCUGCGUGCUGCCAUAAAAUACAUCAGGGACCUCCAGUCGGUGCUGUGCACUGACUCUGGGGUGGCAGGAAAAGGUGUCACAGAGCCAAACCAGGCUCCUAAAGGCACUAACAAACCAGCCCAGUUUUUGGAGACGAUCUGAAGAGUUCCAAAGCCAGCCCAAGGUAUCCUGGCAGGAAUGUAGUAGCCGCUGUGUCAAUGACGUGUGUGUCCUGGCACUCCUUGGGAGCAGAUCGUGGCACACGUCACUGGCAGCCCACACAAGAGCUUGAACGUUGCACAUAGUUACUACACUUAGAUAUGAGAGGGACAACUGGCAAAAUCUCAGCUGAAUGACUUAAGUUAAUUCAUGAAAAUCAGAGCGAGUUUCUAAAUUUGUCACCAACCUAAAAAUGUGACACCUAUAUGUGUGAAGUUACUGUAUGUAUCAUCACAACCUGCAUGCUUUAAAAUAAAAUCUCUCUACUUAUGGGACUGAGAUUCUCAUUUUCUGUCAUGUUAUUGGUUUAAUCUCACAUGCACUUUCUUAAAAUAUUCACUCUAAUUGCCAGUAUUUCUUUUAAAAUGCCUUUUUAAAGGUUCCAAGGAGGGUUUGUUAGAUGCCAGAAGAAAGGAUAAUUUAGUUUGAAAGAGAAAAAUGGAGUAGGGUAGGAGCUCUUUGAAGCACCGUUACUGAACAUAGGAAGAGCAUAAAGUUUUGUCAGUGCUGCUCCAUCAUUUUCUUAUUACUGAACAUUUUAAUCACAUUGAAAACUUUUUGACAUUGUGUAAUUUCUGUUGAAAAUUGGAUUCUUGUACAGAUGUGUCCUUAAAAAUUACUAGUACUGCUUAUAAAAUACGCAGUAUAAAGAGAGCUGGCAAGGUUUUAGCCAUCAGCAUAAAAAUAAACUGCAAUAAAAAUUUUGUUUGGACUUUGACUGAUAAUGGUUGAGGUCUGGAGUGGUCUUCCCCAACCUCCCAGUCUGUUCCUCUGUACUGCUGAUGGUUUCAGUCAAGUGUUACAAAAUAGAACUGUAUGAAGAUGAUGAAGAGAGUUUAGCUCAUAACCAAUAAAAUGUCUUAACAUUU